AUGCGCCGAGUCAUCAACUGGAUGGAAGAGCACGGGCUAUCCCUUUCAGCCCAGAAAACAGAGAUCGUGAUACUAACGAAGAAGCGUAUCAACACCUUGCGCAGCUUCUCUGUAGGAGACACGAUGGUCCAGAAUAAGCCGUCCGUCAGGUACCUAGAAGUAAUGCUCGAUUACAAAUUCAAUUACGGAUUGCAUAUAAUAAUGGCAUCCGACAAGGCGGCAAAUGUAGUAUCCACUCUGGGCACACUCAUGGCCAAUGUCAACGGCCCCCGACCUUGCAUUAGGCGAAUACGGAUGCGUGCCGCCGAUGAAGUGAUGCUAUACGUCGCGGAAGUAUGGGCCGAGGCGUUGCGAUAA